CAAAUAUUUACAAAAUUGUGAGGGGUGUACUCACUUUUGUGAGAUACUAUAUAUUGGAUCUCCACCAAUACUGUCUUCACUUUUCUAGUGACACAGGACUUCGUUAGAAAUCCACAUUAGGCAAGUAAAAUGAUCAGACCUGAUUGUGUGUGUUUAACAAGCAACUGGGUGAUCAAAUGUUCAAUAAGUAGGUGUGAGACUUUGCCUCACACCAUCAACAGGCAGAGGGUCUGUAGCUGAGUCUCUAGUCAGGUAAACUUACACAAGAAACAGCUUAUACCUUAGAAACAUUUCAUAACAUAAAUAAUGGAAGGUGUGCCAGAAAACAAACGCACACACAAGACCGAAGAAUUACAGUGUGUGCGUGCGAAGCAAAAACAGGGUGGAGACUAACAUGGUAAUCAAAGAUAGGGAUGUAGUGGGAGUGACUUAAUACAAUACUGUACAACUGUGAUUGCAAAUUAAACAGAGAGAAAUAUAGUUCCGAAGGAAUGGUUGUCAGAUUUAAAAAAAUACAAUAAGAAAAUAUAAAGAUAGUGAAUACAGAUAAAUGCAAGGAGGUAGGAUCUAGAAGAGAAAAAAUUGAAUAGGCAGAGACAAUACUGAGAAGUGAGAAGAGUUGAUUAAAAGGACGCUAAGGAAUUCAACAUGGAAAAUGAGAGGAUUCAGACAGAGCUUCCUACUCGACCACUGCUGUUUGACUUCCACGGAGUCUCCAUGACCCACCAUUUUACUGAUAACUGGGAGAAAGUUCAGAGCUUCCAGGCCAGGCCAGAUGAUAUCCUCAUUGCCACUUAUCCUAAAGCAGGUACCACAUGGAUCUCCUACAUCCUGGACCUUCUAUAUUUUGGUCAGUCAGCUCCAGAGCGCCAGACCUCACUGCCCAUCUUUAUGAGAGUGCCUUUCCUGGAAAGUGACUUCCGUGUUCUCCCUCCAGGAACAGAGGUAGCAGACAAAUUACCCACCUCUCCUCGCCUCAUCAAGACUCACCUCCCUGUCCAGUUGGUGCCCAAGUCCUUCUGGGAGCAGAACUGCAGGGUGGUGUAUGUUGCUCGUAAUGCCAAGGACAAUGUAGUGUCUUAUUUCCACUUUGACCGUAUGAACAUGGUCGAACCAGAGCCAGGAGACUGUAACAACUUCUUACAGAGAUUCAUGGAUGGAAAGAUGGUGUUUGGACCCUGGUAUGACCAUGUGACCAGCUGGUGGGAGAAGAAACAGACUCACUCUAAAAUCCACUACAUGUUUUAUGAAGACAUGAUAGAGGAUAUGGGACGGGAGCUGGACGGACUAUGCUCCUUCCUGGGUUUGUCUCCUUCAGAGGAGGAGAAGGAGAGAGUGAUUAGAGGUUCUCAGUUUGACAACAUGAAAAACAAUAACAUGGCAAACUAUUCCAGCAUCCCAGUCAUGGACUUCAAGAUCUCUCCCUUCAUGAGAAAAGGAAAGGUUGGUGAUUGGAAGAACCAUUUCACUGUGGCCCAGAAUGAACAGUUUGAUGAAGAAUAUCAGGCAAAGAUGAAAAACACCAACUUACAGUUUCGCACAGCUGUCUAGAGGUUGUGGUCAGGUUGUGGUCAGGUUAAAGGCUGACCAUAACCUCUGCAAGCUAUUCUCAGGGGUCAUGCUGUUUGAUGACACCAGCACAUUUCUAUGAUUUCAGCUGACUGUGAAUUCUAUUGUUUGUUUUUUUAUUAUCUGAAAAGUGAAAAUGGAUCGAAUUGCCGAUAUGUGAUUUCCCCCCCAAACAUCACAGAUGUACGCAGUUAAAAACUGAAACUUUGAAACGAUGUAAAUUUUAAAUGUUUACAAAUAAAAAAAAUACUGAGGUUCACGUACUUACGAGUGUAAACGCUUGGAAAUUAUUAUUCAAACUAAGAUUAGCCUAUCGAACGUUUCAUUCUCGAUCUCGUAAUGUAAAUAAGCCGGUGUUUGCACAUGCAG